CAUAAGAAGACAAUGCAGCAGCUCUUCCUUUCUCUGCUUGCCUCCAUGAAAUAUUGCAAGUAUAAAAAAUAAUUUUCUCAGUUACAAAAAUGAACACCUGUAAAAAUGGCUGAUUAUAUGUGUAAUGAAUGUUUUCCAAUACAUCUUUGAUUUUCCCAUCUCUAAGUAUUUGCAUUUUUUGGAGAAGACACCACAGAGGGGUUCCAAGGACAAACAGAUUAGGCUACAGAAAGUCAACAAUGACCUAGGAUGUAGAUGUCAAAAAUAUGUGCCAGAAAGAUGUGGUAGUCACCGAAGGCCCUGAGAAAUCAAAUGAGUUGAGCCAGAUGAGAGGAAGAGUGACAGAUAGGGCAUGAAUGUGACCUAGGAGGACUCCUGGAAGCUGAGAACAAGCCAGAAUCUAGGGCUAGCAGAUGAGGAUUGGACAAACAAGGUGUGCUGUUAACUUGUCUACAUGUACACAUUGCAAUAUUGGGUGGAUGGGAAUAUUUCUUGUGUGAGGAAGCGGCAGAGGUCAUUGGGCCCUGAGAGGUGACCCUGCCUCCUUCACAAUGGAAUAGAACAUGGAACCCUGAUAGCAGGCCACGGUAACUCACAGUUGGCUCAAGCCAGCUCACUUGGCCUGUGACUCCGGAGCCAGAAACAUGUUCUUGUGCUGUAUUCGCAGGUCUCGAGACUCUGGUCUCAGCCAAGAGAAGGAUGGGUGCCUCAGUCAAAGCUGUAGACACUGGAUCAGUGGCAAGCCACGAAGCAACCAUCUCAGAGAUUUGUCCAAAAAGAAACCUAGGAAAUCACAAGGCAUCUCAGGCAAGUGUGCUAAUACGUCAGCCCUGACCCUGAAUGUGCCAUGCGAUAUAUGGAGCCCGGAGGCAAGCCUGCUGGACAUGUUGGUGAUGAACCUGGUCCCAGCCUACCAGAAAGGCGAUCUCUUCUAUGUUGGAAACUUCCUCCACAAUUAUAGACAGUGGGCAACAAUGGAGCAAGUGCUGGAUAUUGUGUUCAAAAAGUACAGAUUCCCGGGCCAUAACUCUGAGGAAGAUGAACAAAUAAAGAACAGCCUUUGUUCCAUCUUCACCAUGUGGAUGGACUGCUAUCCUGCUGAUUUCCGAGAGCCCCAGAACCGACACCCGGUGAAAGAACUGACCCACUAUGCCAUGCUCUGCAUGCCCUCCUCAUACCUGCUCCUCCACCUCCACAUUCUCCUGAAUGAGCUGGAGGAGACCGGGAAGAAUGAGACCAAGAAACAGAGGAAGAAGUCUCUGUGUGGUCACCUCAGAGCAUGCUUUGGCCACCAUAGAGCAGUUUCUCCUGACCUGCCAAGAAAGAAGCCCUCGGUGAUGUCAGGUAUGGUGAUGGAUGGAGAUCUGGAGCCCUCACUGGACUCCACAAAGUCUCGAGACUCUGGUCUCAGCCAAGAGAAGGAUGGGUGCCUCAGUCAAAGCUGUAGACACUGGAUCAGUGGCAAGCCACGAACCAACCAUCUCAGAGAUUUGUCCAAAAAGAAACCUAGGAAAUCACAAGGCAUCUCAGGCAAGUGUGCUAAUACAUCAGCCCUGACCCUGAAUGUGCCAUGCGAUAUAUUGAGCCCGGAGGCAGGCCUGCUGGACAUGUUGGUGAUGAACCUGGUCCCUGCCUACCAGAAAGGCGAUCUCUUCUAUGUUGGAAACUUCCUCCACAAUUAUAGACAGUGGGCAACAAUGGAGCAAGUGCUGGAUAUUGUGUUCAAAAAGUACAGAUUCCCGGGCCAUAACUCUGAGGAAGAUGAACAAAUAAAGAACACCCUUUGUUCCAUCUUCACCAUGUGGAUGGACUGCUAUCCUGCAGAUUUCCGAGAGCCCCAGAACCGACACCCGGUGAAAGAACUUACCCACUAUGCCAUGCUCCACAUGCCCUCCUCAGAUCUGGUCCUCAAUCUCCACGUUCAUCUGGAUGAGCUGGAGGAGAGCAGGAAGAAUGAGACCAAGAAACAGAGGAAGAAGUCCCUGUGUGGUCACCUCAGAGCUUGUUUUGGCCACCAUAGAGCAGCUUCUCCUGACCUCCAAAGAAAGAAGCCCUCAGUGAUGUCAAGGAUGGUGAUGGAUGGGGAUCUGGAGCCCUCACUGGACUACUCAAUGCAUGUGCAUGUAGAGGGGUUGAAUGCAUUUGCAGUGAGGCCCCAAAAGGUUGUGAGUCCUGUGGAUAAGACAGUGGUUCUGAACCCCACAUGUAACAGAGCUGAACUUGUAGGGACCCCAAAGAAAGAAGAAGGUAAUAGCGAUUGUCUUCCUGUGACUUUCACAGGCAGCCCAGAUCAGCUCAAAAAGGGUCAAAUUAGCACACCUCCUGGCGUGCUGGAGGGAGUAGCACACGUGGGACUGAUGGAAAAUGUCCCCCGUCUGUGCUCAGGGGAACCAAUGAGUGAGGUCCCAACAUUAGAUGCAGCUCAGGAAAGUGAAUCUGUCCUCACUGAACAUCUGGACAAAUCUGUCCUGCUGCAGCAGAACCAAUCUCCAACUGAGAAAUUAGAAUCUGCCUCUCCAGCCUUUGCUGGAGCAAAUCCUAUCUUUCAUGAGGAGCUAGAUACUUUGGAGGAUUCUGAGGCAGAAUUUAUGUUUGAAGGCAACUUAGAAGCCGACCUAGCCUUAGAGCUUCCCUCCCCUCUCCCUGGGGAUAUCUCUCUUUUUCUUUUUGUCCUGAUUGUUGUAAAAUUUGCAUUCUUUUUAUUUUUCUCAAUUUAUUAAAGAUAUAUGUUUAUGUUGUAAAAUUUA